GAACAAAACACCCAUCAAAAGGCAAAAAAUAAUCAGGACAACUGAAGUUGGAGACAGAAGGGGGUAUUUUUAUUGGACAUCUAAGAAGUACUGAUUAUAAGCCAUGUUUGCUCAUCCAAAAGAAAAUAUUGCUCUUCCAGUUCCUGAGUUUCUGCAGAUGAAUAACCUGGCCUGCGAAAGUGUCGGGGGGAAGGUGUUGUUCGCUACUGAUGACUGGUUUGCUCCUGCAGAACAUUUAUUAAAGAAAACUGAACCAGAAUUCAAAGUGGGAUUGUUCACAGAGUUUGGAAAAUGGAUGGAUGGCUGGGAGACAAGAAGGAAACGCAUCCCAGGUCAUGACUGGUGCAUAAUUCAACUGGGCGUGCCAGGGAUCAUUCAUGGCUUUGAAGCUGACACUCGCUUUUUCACAGGAAACUAUGCCCCUCGCAUCUCAGUUCAGGCAGCAUGUUUGAAGCCAGAGGAAAUUACAUUGCAACCAAGAGAAGACAAAAUUGGCACCGCUGCUUCUGAUGAAGAAUUUAAAGCAGCUGAUAAGCUUAAGUCAGAGAAGUGGAGUCAUCUGCUUAAAAUGACUGAGCUCAAACCUGGGUACGCUGAAUCAAGUCACAGCUACUUUCAAGUAAACUCAAAGGAGAGAUGGACACAUUUACGACUUAACAUCUAUCCAGAUGGUGGAAUAGCCCGUUUUAAAGUCUAUGGCAUUGGACAAAGAGAUUGGACAUCAUGUGGUCCAAAUGAUUUCGAAGACUUACUUUCCAUGGUCAAUGGUGGAGUUUGCCUUGGCUUCAGUGAUGCUCACUAUGGACAUCCUAGGAAUCUCAUAGGCAAUGGAAGAGCAUGUGAUAUGGGAGAUGGAUGGGAAACAGCAAGAAGGCUGGACAGGCCACCAAUUCUUAAAGCUGAUAGUAAAGGCAUUCUCCAGGUGCCUGGAUUUGAAUGGGCUGUUCUUAAACUGGGCCACCCUGGCUUAGUAACACAUAUAGAAAUAGACACUAAUCACUUUAAAGGAAAUUCCCCAAACUCCUGCAAAAUUGAUGCUUGUGCCCUGAAACCUACAGAGCAAGAGGAAGUAAAGGGGCAUGGAAAUUUCGAGCAAGGUUAUAACUGGAAACCACUACUUCCUGUGACUCAGAUCCACCCUCAUAAGAGACAUUUCAUGGAAAGUACAUCCCUGGCAUUACACCAGGUUAUAAGUCAUGUGAAGAUAACGAUUGCACCAGACGGAGGUGUCAGCAGAAUUCGGCUUUGGGGAUUUCCUCGGCCUCUACCUUAAAAUUAUUGUAAAAGGCACAUCGUUUGGAAAAGUUAUUUCAUUUUACACCUUUUUCUUUGAUUGCAAGAACAGCAGUUAAUGUGCAUCAAUGUAUUUCAUGACUUGAACAGAUGUGCCUGGGUGAGUGUUGAUGCAAAGCUCUACCAAGAACCAUCAUCGCUGUAUUCAUAACUUUGUCAAUAAAACCAAAGUUUUUCUGCAUCUUA